UGUUUCUCCGAUUAGGAUUCCUCAUCAUUGUGGAAUAACAAUGGUGGAUUACGAGGUGACCGUCUACACUGGCGACCGACUUAACUCCACCACCUGGAACCCUGUGCACAUUAAACUGGUGGGCACAGAUGGCGAGAGUAAGCGCACAUGGCUGAGGUCUUUGGUCAUCUUCAGCGGAUCAGUGUCGACUUAUUUUGUUUCCUGCCCAAACUCCCUUGGACAGCUGGUUCUGAUAGAACUAGACAAACGACAAUUCUUCCUUUUGCCCGAUGAUGCUUGGUUCCCUGACAAAGUGGAAAUCAAAUCACCAGAGAGAGACAUCUACACCUUUCCCAUCUAUUGCUGGAUCAAUAACAGUGAGACUCACCGCUUCAGAGAAGGCAAAGCUCUGAGGAUCUUUGAUGAAAGCAAUUUUCUUGGUCAGCACGCGAGGAAGCAGGAGCUGAUCCACCGAAGUGUGGACUAUGGGUGGAAUUUGUUUUACUCAGGUAUCCCCUACACCAUUAAGGCAGAUGGUCCUACUAGCCUGCCGAAUGAGCUCCAGUUCUCCUUCACCAAGACGACAGAGUUUGCAUUCACAGCAGUCACAGGGUUGGCUGAGCUUCAGCUUAAGGGGCUGGAUGACAACCGGGAAAAUUGGGAAAGUCUUGACAAUAUCAACGACAUAUUUCGUUUCAAAGGCACCCUCAUUUCAGAUUACGUCCAGGAACACUGGAAGGAGGAUGGUUUAUUUGCAUACCAGUUUCUAAAUGGCGUCCAUCCCACCUUGAUUCAACGUUGCAAGACUCUACCCAAGAACUUCCCUGUGACUGAUGACAUGGUCUUCAUCCCUGAUGGCUCAAACUUGUCUCAGGAGUUGAAGGAAGGCAACAUAUACCUGUGUGACUACAAGAACCUGGACGGAAUGCCUGCCAACACUAUCCAAGGGAUUCAGCAGUACUUAAUGGCGCCCCUCGUCUUGCUUCACAAAAGACCUGACGACAAGCUGAUGCCUAUUGCCAUCCAGCUGAAGCAGACUCCAGCUGAGGACAACCCCAUCUUUCUCCCAACUGACUCUACGUACGACUGGCUGACAGCUAAGAUUUUUGUGAGAAGUGCCGAUUUCGCAGAGCACCAAAUCAACGCGCACUUGCUGCGCACUCACCUACUGGCAGAGGUCUUUGUGGUGUCACUGCUGCGCAACGUGCCCAUGGUGCAUCCCCUGUACAAGCUCCUCAUACCCCACACUCGCUACACUCUGCAUAUAAAUGAAUUAAGUCGAACACAGCUGGUGGGACCCAAUGGAGUCUUCACCAAGGCGGCAGCUUCUGGUGGAGAGGCUUUGAUGAAGAUCAUGGCACGCUCGAUGUCCUCGAUAACCUACAGGUCCCUUUGCCUCCCCGACAACAUUGCUGAUCGUGACAUGCAGGACUUGCCAAACUUCCACUACAGGGAUGAUGGACUCCAACUGUGGAACAUCAUCUUCAAAUAUGUGCAGGGAGUGAUACAGUACUACUACAAAAGUGACGAUGAGGUCCAGCAAGACUCAGAAUUGCAGACUUGGAUCUGGGACAUAUUUAAUUAUGGCUUUCUUUCCGAGCCACAAACAGGAAUCCCUCAGGUUUUCGCUACCGUGCCAGAGCUGAUCAAGUUCGUCACCAUGCUGCUGUUCAAUAGCUCGGGCCAGCAUGCGGCUGUAAACAAUGGACAGUACGACUAUGGUCGCUGGAUGCCCAACACCCCCCCGACCCUGCAACGUCCUCCCCCCACCGCAAAGGGUACAACAAGUGAGGCCACAAUGCUGCAGACCUUGCCCCCUAUCAACGUGACUGUUCGGGGAAUGGUUGCAGUUCGGGUGCUCAGCACGCAGAGCUCAGACUUUGUCACCCUCGGACACUACCCAGAAGAACAUUUCACCGAGGAGUUCCCCCGCCAGCUGCAAAAGGAGUUUAAAGUUGAGCUUGACAGGUUGUCGAUCACAAUCAACAACAGAAACAAAGGUCUGGAAAUUCCUUACACUUACCUGAAUCCAAAGAUGAUCGAGAACAGUGUGGCCAUCUAAACCUCGGAAAGUCACAAUCAAAAGGGAGAAUCCAAUGAAUCAUAAAUGUGUGUCUUUUAAGCUUAUAGUAUUAUUUAACAUCCGAUUUAAAAAAAAAAUAACACAGGGAACCUCCAAAGUUGAACCCAAUCUGUUCUGUGAGAGUGGUUGACUUCCAAGUUGAUCUAAUUUCUAAAGAAAUUUUCUUGGGGAAAUAAUAAGUCAAUGAAUUUUCUCAUAAAACCUGUAUUAACUAUACAGGCCCCAUUUUAAGUAACAACGUCAUACGUGUAAAGAGAUGUGAACAAAAUUGAAGUAAAAUGAAGUAAAACUAAAUAAAAUAAAUCAAUAGGGGGUGACAAGACACUGGUGGUAGAGUGGUCAUUUCCCAACCUUGAUUGCAGAUUCAACCCUGAGGCCUUGUGACCAUGUUGAAAUGUCCUUGAGCAGGACUGAACCCAAAGUUGUUUACCUCACAAUUGUUAAAGCGCUUUCAGUACCUUAAAGAUAGACAAGUGCUGUACAAGUGAAAGCCCAUUGACCAUUUAAGACACCUCAAAGACUAUGCCUUUGUCAGUUCCAUUUUAUGCUCUUGUACC